AUGGGCUCUCUUCUCUCAGAAUUCUCGUACCUCUUCCAAAGCUUCACCGAGGGCGAGCUGAAGAAGGUGAUCGCGACCCUGGUGGACCGAAAGGAGAGGAGGAUCAGAACCGAGACGGGACGGAGAACCAAACGAGCGCGGAAGGGCCCAAAGCUGUGCUCUCUGCACGAGAUCGAGCUCACGGUGAGCGAGCUCGGGCUCGGGUACGAGAGCGACGAGACGGUGAGCUUUAGGUACUGCAGCGGGAAGUGCAUCCACGAACGACACAACUAUGACUUUGUAAUGGAGCACAUGCAGAUAAAUAACGGCUCCAGUGAGAAAGCCCGGCGAGGACGGGAUAACGGAAAAAAAGACAAGGCACGCAACGCCCCAUGUUGUCGCCCUACAAAGUUUGAGAAGAAAAUGUCUUUCUUUGACAACAAGGACAGGUUCUACACCAUCCAGAACGUCUCUGCGAGAGCGUGCGGUUGCGUAUGACGAACUGUGAAAACGUCAGGGAGAAUGUCUAUACAUUACGGAGGCAACAGAGAACGUUUUAAAAUUCCAUGGUAACCAUAGGAACUUUGGAAAGGGCGACCAUGUGACACACAGAAACCAUGGAACUAUUCGAGAACGUAGGGCAAAUUGCAAUUCUGAAAAAGAUGCUGAGAGGGACCCACAAUGCCACCAUGGAAAGAGUGAAAGCUACAGAAAAGCGAUACGCA